AUUCAAGUAACGUUCAAAGCGCGUGUGGGAUGACGCGCCGGUGAAUUUUUAGUUUGUAAUACAUUGACGUAAUUUUUCUGUACCCGAAUUAAAUAUUAAGGUUUCACAAUGGCCGAUCAAGUAGAUUCAAUGUCAGACGCGGAACUUCGGACAAAAUUGGCAGAGCAUGGGUUCCCAGUUAUGCCUAUUACGGCUUCUACGAGAAAACUUCUCGUAAAGAAGUUAAAAAUGGUACUAGACAACAAAGCCCCUCGCUACAGUGUUGAUAGUAAAGUUAAGAACAGGCGGUCGCUAGCGCGCUAUUCGAGUGACGAAGAGGCAGAUAUGGAUACCAGUAGUUUACAGGAAAAACGCAAUCGCCGAGCAACAACGGGAGGCGCUAUGUUACCGCCGUCCACAAGCAAGACGAGACGUACACCUGUUAAAAAAAUAUCUAGUGUUAAACGUGACUCUGACGGGUCAGAGUCUGAGGAAGAAAAGUCGCCGGUACGCACCCACGAAGAAGUGGAAACUGUUACUACUCGACGUGUGACGCGCACUUACGCCAAUGAUCAAGAGGAUUUUGAAACUGGAUCAGAUAGCGAUGUUGAUGCUGACAAGAAAACCAGUCCAUUCCGUAGCAGUUCUAGGUCUAGUGACUAUAUCUCAAGCACGCUCCCAGCUCAAGAAACAUCCACAAGCCCACCUAAAUCAUCAAUUUUUUCACGCCCCUCACUAUCUACAAACUAUUCUUCACUAUCUCCUUCAGACCAUCUAAAUUCAAUUAGGUCACGGCUUGGAUUGACGUCAACCUUAGGAGAUAGACCAUCUCAGUACUCAUCUACAAGUACCUACCAGCCAUCAAGUAGCACAUACCAACCUUCAGCAAGUUCUUACAGACCUUCAGUGAGCCCUUUUCAGCCAACAACAUCUACAUACCAGUCCAAUCUCUCUUCUGUGGAUGAAGUAGAAUCUCCAUACUUAAGCAACUUUACUCGGCGGCUAUCUGCUCUUAAAGCAGAUCCACCAAAAACUCCAACAACUUUUGUAGAUAGAGAUGCAACAAAUGGAAGCACAAUACUUCCUCGCAGGUCAUACAUAACUGGGGUCUCAAGGGCUACUGCAGAUAAUUACAAAACAGCCAAUGACAAGAACUUUUUAAAAAAUAAUCUGGUUUCACUUGCUCUUGUUGCUUUAGUGGCACUUUUUUUUUUUUUUCUAUUUUUUAUGUAUAUAGUAAAGAGGAAUGACAUAAUAUCAGUAGUUGACGACCAAAACAGUGUAAUUCCAAUAUGUCAAUUAAAUAUACCAGGCAACAGGCCUGGGGUUAACUGUGUGCCUAAAGAACAAGUCACUUAUGCUAAGAAUUUGCUAAAAGUAAUACAUCCCGAAUUAACUGCCAGAGCUGCAGCAUACAAAUGUGGGAAGCCUGGGGUGAUGCCAUAUAUGACUGAAAGAGAAAUUCUUGACAUUGCCAGAGCACGAGCUGAAGCUAUAGAUGACAGUCAGUGCAGAAAAGAUCUAGAUAACUUACAAGUGUUACUGGUUCACAAUCCGAGAUGGGGAAUUAAUAUUGUACAACUUAAAAACUUGUACACAAAAGAUGUUGAAUACUUCACUCUGCUGUCUACCGAUGUUGUUGUUCAACAACGCAACAAAGGAUUUGUUGCCUUAACUCUGUCUGAUCCUUCCACACCAGUGUCAUGUUUAUUUGUCAAUACAUUAUACUCUGCUGGAUCAACAUUUCUUAUCAUUGGGGUGAUUGCGGUGGCUAUGCUUGGAGCCCAAAAGUGCUAUAAACUAUAUAUAAAUUAUCAAAAGAGAAAAAGUGAAGAAAUAUACUCAUUGGUGGAACAAAUUAUCGAUCUAAUAUCGCAAGAGACUGAGAACAGUGGUGAGCCAUACAUAUCAGUAGAUCAUGUCAGGGAUACAUUAAUAUCCCCACAGAAUAGAGAGAAAAUGUCGUCUAUUUGGGAUGCUGCUGUACAAUUUAUUCAGAAAAAUGAAAGUAGAGUUCGUAUGGAAGUCCAAUCUGUGGAUGGUGAAGACGGCAGAGUUUGGAGGUGGGUUGCCUCCCACAACAGCCCAAAGCGCAGUGCUUCAUGGCAAGGUCAAGCUUUCGAGACACAAGAAGGAUCCGUCAACAACUUGACCGUUUCGCCAACACCCUGCUUGAAAAUUCGCAGUAUGUUUGAGAAAAACGACACAAACCAAAACCUAUGCACUGUUAUUCAAGAUGUUAUUUUGGAGAAAUGUGACCGUUGUAAUAUUCUUCACAUUGAUAUCGAUAGGGCUUCAUGCUGUGUAUACGUGAAAUGUGCCACCUCGAACGAUGCCGGCAUUGUUUACAAGAGCUUACAUGGCUGGUGGUACGAAGGCCGCUUAAUCACUGUGAAAUACCUGCGUCUGGAGCGUUACAUGCAGCGAUUCCCAAAUUCACCGUCCUCCGGGCCUUAUCUGAAGCCGUCUCGUCAACGAAAAACGUGGGAUGAAUAAAUUUUUGCUUAACAGGGACAU